AAAAAAAAGCCGGGAAAAAAUAAACGAUCCGUAAUCUCUUGAAAAAUGACGGAAGUGGGACGAGAGCCCUCCCGGAAGUACGGCCUUGCCGAAGAGAUCUACGAGCGUUACAUGGACCAGCAGAAUCCCAACUACGAGAUAUGCCUCGGUUACGGAGACUCCUUGUCGAGAUGCGGCCGCGUGCGCGAGGCGAUUGACGUUUACGCCCAAUGCUUCAGGCUGGGCAGCGUGCCCUUGGAGAGCCUCAAGCACCUGGCCUCGGCACUCCUCGACAGCGUCCGAAGCGCGGCUGGACCGCGAAGACGCAGCGAAGCCUCCUUCGUCUGCCCGGCAUGCGAAGGCACCCUCUUCCAGCCGGUGACCGCAGGCUGCGGACACACCUACUGCAGGACCUGCUUCGAGCCGAACAAGGGCUGCAAGGUUUGCGGUCAGAAGCUCGGCGCCAUCGGCGAGACGAAUGUCCUGGUUCAGAGGCUCGUCGAGAAGUGGUGGCCUCGUGAAGCCGAGGCAAGCAGAGCCCGACACGAGGGCGACAAGCUCCUCAAGGAAGGCCAGGUCGCUCAGGCCCUGGAGCACUACGACCUAGCCGUUCAACUCGCCCCAAACAGCCCGCUACAUCUGACCAAUCGAGCCCACGCCCUGCAUUUGCUGAACAGGCCGCAAGCAUCGCUGACCGAUGCCGAUCACGCUGUUAGACUCAGACCUGACUGGGGCAAGGGUCAUUACAGACGGGGCGUGGCUCUCUCGUGCCUCGGAAGAUACGAGGAAGCAUUUUCCGCACUUUGUACCUGCGUUGCCAUCGACGGAAACCCUCAGCCAGUACGACAGGAACUCACCAGGCUCCUCCACCGGAUGUUGGCGCCAAGUUUGAGGCGACAGAACGUGAUAUCCUCGAGGGCUCCUUACCAUCUUGGCCAGGACAUAUCGGCCCGCAGUCAAAGGAACAAAAGGCACCAAAUGCUGCUUCCGCUGAUGAGUCCUAUUCAAAAUCACCAGAGGGAGGAAGCGUUGAACACUUCCGACUGUGAGGAUAACAGCAGCGGCGAGGAGGAAAUAACUCAGUCGAUAUGUCGAAGGCUAUUGUCCGCCUCCGAUUCUCCGGACAAUGGAAAACUCCAUGCGAUACUGGACAGGGUCUAUCAAGAAGUGAAAAAACUAAAAAUCGAUACGAGGCCGGCGGAAAUUCUACUACCACCCUUAACGGCAGCUGGUAGCGGGGGCGGCGAAUUUGACUGCAUCCUCUGCUGUCGGGUGCUUUGGAAACCGGUAACGACGCCCUGCGGCCACACCUACUGCUGGAUGUGCCUCGACAGGUGCCUCGAUUACUCCUCGGCCUGCCCUCUCUGCAUAACAUCCCUCGCCGACUAUUUGGCGAGCAGUCAAAAAACCGUCACAGACUUCGUCGAGAGGGCUCUGAAAAUCGUAACGCCCUGCGAGUACGCGGCAAGGGCGACGAAUGACAGGGCGGAAUUGGUCCAGGGGUUGGGUCCAGGCCUCGGAAGCGAGGAGAUCGCCGUCUUCAUAUGCACCACGGCUUUUCCAUGCGUCGCCUGUCCGCUAUUUGUCUACGAACCGAGGUACAGGCUGAUGGUUCGACGUUGUUUGGAAAGCGGUAUCGGCCAAUUCGGAAUCGCCGCUUGUCUGAACAGAGAUGCAACGGGCACCAAAAAGUACGCCGAGUACGGGACGAUGCUGGAAAUCAGGGAUCGCGUCCUGCUUAAGGAUGGCUGCAGCAUUUUGAGCACAACGGGAGGCAGAAGGUUCAGGGUACUUGGCGGGGGCGAAAAGGACGGAUACGACACUGCGCAGGUGGAAUUCCUGAGGGAUUCGUUCGUUCAGCCUGAUCAGCUGUCGGGUCUUCUUGAACUCCACGAUAAGGUUCGAUCGAAGGGUCGAAGGUGGUGGUCAACGGUCGCGCCUUCCCAGCAGGACGAGAUUCAGCGGGUAUUCGGGAGGAUGCCGGAAACGGAAGGGGACUGGCCCCGUCUUCCGGACGGGCCAUCCUGGACCUGGUGGCUCCUGGCGAUCCUGCCUCUGGGCCCCCAGCUCCAGGCCGGGAUCCUAGGAACGACGAGUCUCGAGAAGCGUUUGCGUGCCAUCGAGAAGACCCUCGACCACAUGGAACAGUGGCAAUUGACCGUCUCCGCUCAGCCAUCCGGUGAAGCAGAAGCACCCGCCAGCAUUUGCAGGGACGACGACGCCGUGAUGGACACCGUUUCCGUCGUCCAAGACUCUUAGGACUGCUUCGAAUCGGCCAAACAACAACAACAAACAAUAACAAGAGCCUGCAGCUGUACCCGUUCAUCUUUGGGGGAUUCAAGCGUCGCGGAAAUGCAUUUGAGGUGUACAAAAAAAAAAAAAAAAAAAAAAAAAAAUUACCACAACGGAACCCCUCGUGAUUUUUGCCAAUUAAUCGAUCA